AUGCAAUACGCGCCCGUCACACGUAUCACUGCCACGUCGGUCACACUCGCACCUUGCUCUUGUUUUCGAAAAAACGUCCGUCACUUCACGUCCUUCAAAAUAGGUCGCAAACACAAAGCGCAUCGCCAACAGGCGCAGCAAAACAAGCCGUGGCGCAACGCGGAAAAAGGUCGCAAAGGCAAAGGCAAAAGAGGCAGGAUGGGCCAAGAUGAAUCGCGGGUGGUAGACCCUACUGCACCACCCCAAACCCUAGAAGCACGUACUUUGGAGGCUUUGGCACAAUAUGUCAAGGAUGGGCGUGCGCAAAAGAUUGUUGUUAUGACAGGUGCAGGCAUAAGUACUUCAGCCGGCAUACCAGACUUCAGAUCACCAGAAACCGGCCUAUACGCCAACCUCAGUCGCCUGAACCUGCCAUAUCCCGAAGCCGUCUUCGACAUCGAUUUCUUCCGCAAGACCCCAGAGCCCUUCUACGCGCUCGCUCAAGAACUAUACCCCGGAAAGUUCAGGCCGACGAUAACACAUUCCUUCAUAAGCUUGCUGCAUCAAAAGGGGCUGCUGUUGAAGCUGUUCACACAGAACAUUGAUUGUCUGGAGCGCGAGGCUGGAGUCCCCGGCGACAAGAUUAUUGAGGCGCACGGCAGUUUCGCAUCGCAAUGUUGCAUCGACUGCAAGAAGUCGUAUCCCAAAGAGCGCAUGAACGAAGCCAUCCGCGACAAAUCAGUGCCUCACUGUGUCGAUUCGUCCUGUAACGGCCUCGUCAAACCCGAAAUCGUCUUCUUUGGGGAACAAUUACCCUCCGCCUUCUUCGACAACCGUAGCCUCCCCGCACAAGCCGACCUGUGCAUAGUCAUGGGCACGUCGCUCAGCGUACACCCCUUCGCUUCGCUGCCGCAACUUUGUGAAGACCAAACCCCGCGUCUGCUUAUAAAUUCGGAGAGGGUUGGUGAUAUGGGCCAACGAACCGAUGACGUGCUGCUACUGGAAGAUUGCGAUAGUGGCGUGAGGAAGCUGGCAGAGGUCUGCGGGUGGCUGGGUGAACUAGAAGCGCUCUGGGCUACCACGGCACCGGUAUCUGAAGAAGAUCCAGUGGCGCCUAAGGAAGAAGUCAAGAAGAGCCACGAUGAGUUGCUGGAGGAUGAAGUCGAGAAGCUUACGCGGGAGGUGGAGGAAAAUCUGAGGUUGAAUCAAGCAGAGCAUGAAUGGCUUGAUAACCACGUCGAUAACAAGCUGGCAAGGAAACACGAAGAGGUUCAGGUCGGAGACCGUUCUGCGACUGAAUUCCAACCAACUGUCGAUCCGGAAUCUAGGACAGGUCCAAGCGAGUCGAAAACGAACCCAGGAGGUGGUGGGCUUGCCCAUGUGUUUCCCCACAUGAACAAGUCAUCGCUCUAG